AAGUGGGCAGCGCAGGCAUUUCCGGUGACGUAAACGCGUCUGGACUCCAUUAGCGGGCUGCAGCUGUUUUAGAAGAAACAACAACAAAAACGAAGUGGCGUCGCGUUUUCAGCCGGGCUGAGGGCUUUCAAUCCCGGGACCUGACACCCCCUUUCCAAGCCCCGGGCAUCAUCGGCUUCUAACCACGGCCGCUCUCGGCGAGGAAACUCUGGCCUCCGCUUCCUCCUCCUCCGACUCGGACACCGGCGGAGCGUCGCCGCCCCCGCGGAAGAAGCACCGAGCCUCGGCGGCGGAGGGAGCAGGAGAGCCCGGGGCUGCGACGGGGACAGCGGGCCUUUCUGCAGUUGUACUGGGACUUGCGACUCCUUCGGCGGCCGCUGCCAUCCACGUUAACAGAAGCGCCGUUGGUAGCCUUAGCGGUAAUAUGAUGCAGGCGAACGGGGCUGGACAGGGGCAGGACCCGGAGCUCCCCUGCUUGAGCAGCGCCCAGAACGGCGGGUCGCACUCCAACGGGCUCAUUCCCAGCACCGGUACCGGGGGCACCGUUGGCACCAACAAUGGGGCCCUGGCCGGAGCGCCUUCCGGGGCCGCCGCCGCCUCCAGCGCCUCGGUCUCCGGCACGGAGGUCGGAUCUUCUACGAAAAAGAAGAAGCGGCUCUCCCAGUCGGAGGAGGAUGUCAUCCGGCUGAUCGGACAGCACCUCCACGGACUGGGGCUCAAUCAGACUGUGGACCUGUUGAUGCAGGAGUCAGGAUGCAGACUGGAGCAUCCCGCAGCCACCAAGUUCCGGAACCACGUGAUGGAUGGCGAGUGGGAUAAGGCCGAGCACGACCUGAGUGAGCUCAAGGCGCUGAUGCUUUCACCCAACGCCAUCGUGCGCAUGAAGUUCCUGCUGCUGCAGCAGAAGUACCUGGAGUACCUGGAGGAUGGGAAGGUGCUGGAGGCCCUGCAGGUGCUGCGGGGGGAGCUGACGCCACUGAAGUACAACACCGACCGCAUCCACGUGCUCAGCGGGUACCUGAUGUGUAGCCACGCGGAGGACCUGCGUGCCAAGGCUGAGUGGGAGGGCAAGGGAGCAACCUCCCGCUGCAAGCUGCUGGACAAGCUGCAGACCUACCUGCCCCCGACCGUGAUGCUGCCCCCCCGCAGACUGCAGACUCUGCUGCGACAGGCGGUGGAGCUCCAGCGCGACCGCUGUCUCUACCACAACACCAAGCUGGACAGCAACCUGGACUCCGUAUCUCUGCUGCUGGACCACGUCUGCAGUCGGAAACAGUUCCCCUGCUCCACCCAGCAGAUUCUGACAGAGCACUGCAAUGAGGUGUGGUUCUGCAAGUUCUCUAACGACGGUACCAAGUUGGCCACAGGAUCCAAAGACACCACAGUUAUUAUAUGGCAGGUUGACCCAGAAACCCACCAGUUGAAGUUGCUGAAGACCCUUGAAGGGCAUGCCUAUGGUGUCUCCUACCUGGCCUGGAGCCCGGACGAUACCUACCUGAUCGCCUGUGGUCCGGAUGACUGCUCUGAGCUGUGGCUCUGGAACGUACAGACCGGUGAGCUGAGGACAAAGAUGAGUCAGUCUCACGAGGACAGCCUAACCAGCGUGGCCUGGAACCCAGAUGGCAAGCGCUACGUCACAGGUGGCCAGAGAGGCCAGUUCUACCAGUGUGAUUUGGACGGGAACUUGCUGGACUCGUGGGAGGGUGUCCGUGUCCAGUGUCUCUGGUGUCUCGGAGACGGGAGGACGGUCCUGGCUUCUGACACACACCAGCGUAUCCGUGGAUACAACUUCGAGGACCUGACAGACAGGAACAUCAUCCAGGAGGACCAUCCCAUAAUGUCUUUCACCGUUUCAAAGAACGGACGAUUAGCUUUGUUAAAUGUAGCAACUCAGGGAGUUCACCUGUGGGACCUGCAGGACCGCGUCCUGGUCAGAAAGUACCAAGGCGUGACGCAGGGAUUCUACACCAUCCACUCCUGCUUUGGGGGCCACAAUGAAGACUUCAUCGCCAGCGGGAGUGAAGACCACAAGGUCUACAUCUGGCACAAGCGCAGCGAGCUACCCAUAGCCGAGCUGAGUGGACACACCCGCACGGUGAACUGUGUGAGCUGGAACCCAGUGCUGCCCGGCCUCAUGGCCAGUGCCUCAGAUGACGGCACCGUCAGGGUGUGGGGUCCGGACCCCUUCGACACGCAAGACUUGGAGACUUUCAACGAAAACUGCAGUAGCAUGUAUAGUUGAUGGUGAUUUGGACAGGAAGACUGCUCUAAAAUGAUACAUAACAAAACAUGAAAAAGUACGAAAAGAGAGAAAAACGAACCCAGAAAAAAGAGUUGCAUUUCUAACCCGGCUCUGGAUGUCGGAUGAAUCCCCGGAGUCCUUUUCAAGCGAAUGGGAAAUAGCGAGGGCUGAGCGCGGCCCAGCCAGAUGCAGCCAGACGCAGCCCUCGCCCAGCUCCGCAGGGCACCACCACGUUUCAUUCUCUCAUAGCUGUGUGUGGGGGGGGGCGGGGGGCACUGGGUUUUGUGUUUUCUUCUUACUAAGCAGUUAAGUUUAACAACACAGUCCACAUGAAAACAAAGAGCAAAGCUUGUUUGUAUUUUAUAAUUCUAGCAUUAUUAUGGUUUUAUUUACUGUUUAACAGCAUUUGGAUACAGUAAGUGUUAGUGUUGGAGUUGCUUUGAAAAGAAGCGAUUUAUCACCUCAAACACACACACACUCUCACCCUCCUCCCCUGCUCACCCUCUACCGUCACGCCCCCAGACGACGACCUCGGCCCUGCCCUGUCCAAGCCCACCCCCCCCACACCCCAUUCUGCCGUUUGUUGCUUUUCACUUGCCUGGUUCUUUAUUUGCGGUGGAGUUCAGAGUCGUGGCUGCAGUGUUGCUACUCAGACUGCCCCCGCUAGCCCCUUAGACCUCCAUGCUCCUGGCACCGUUCUCACUAGUGACGGAUCAUGUCGUUCUUUCACCUCACUUUAAGAGGAUUUUAAACUACGAGACUUUUAACCGAAUCCUAGUUACCUGAAGGCCCCACUUUGUAUAGAUUUUUUUAAACAAAGGCUUUCUCCCGUUUUUGUUUUCAUUCUUCGCCAUCCGAGGGGACUCUUUCGUUGCAGAUGACAGUUGAGCAGGGUUGCUGGAGUGGGAGGGACUCUGGUUGGGGGGGUGUGGGUAGUGGAGGAACAUACAUCCUGCAUGAACACCAGCCAUGUUCUCGCCCUGUGAGCAUCUGUGAAAGUGGUGGUUCGACGUCCUCAUUGACGGGAUCUAAAGAAGCCCGUGGUCAUGCAUGUCCGUAGGUGGAUGCCGCUGAAGUGGGAGGGGCAGUUCUCGUGUGUUUGAAUGCAGGCUCCAACCCCCCCCCCCCCCCCCCCCCAAUACCCUGCAGCAGUGGUGGCAGUAUCGUAUACAACUUUCUUUACUUUGUUUUCCAUAUGUAAUGACUAUUUGCUAUGGACUGAUAUUAAAUGUUUCAAAAGACUGCU